AUUUUUGAUCCUCUAACUCGUCAAUUGAGUAUUAUAAAGGCUUAGUUGUUUUGAAUCUGGCUUUGAUAUCGCUUGGUGGAGGAGGAAAGAACUUAUAUUCCUCCUCUUUACCGUCACCGCCACACCUGGCCCAAUAACUAGAGCAACGGAGCAACGGAGCAACAACUUGCUUUUCAGCUCAACAUACAUUUCGGCUUGUUUGAGUUGGCUUUCUUUGCCAUCUUUCCUUUAGAGACCAACUGUAUAGACCAUGUGUCGAUUUCUAGUGUACAAGGGCAGACAUGAGAUUCGUCUCAGCAAGUUAGUCACAGAGCCCAGCCAUUCCAUACUUACUCAGUCCUACGACUCUCGACUCCGACUGGACAACCGCCGUCCCGUUAACGGCGACGGCUUCGGAGUCGGAUUCUACACGGACCCUAAGCUAGGACCCGAGCCGUGUAUUUUCACAUCCACGCUCCCAGCCUGGAACUGCGAGAACCUCGAGCGUCUCGCAUCCAAGACGUGCUCGAAUCUGAUCUUCGCGCAUGUCCGCGCAACCACGGAGGGUACGCUCUCCGAUACCAACUGCCACCCGUUCCAGCAUCAAACGCUGAUGUGGAUGCACAACGGCAAUAUCGGCGGAUGGCAGUAUAUCAAACGGACGCUGGGCGACUCGCUCGCGGACAAGUGGUAUCUUGGCGUAAAGGGCGGGACGGAUAGCGAGUGGGCGUUCGCUUUGUUUCUCGAUCUCCUGGAGAAGGAAGGGGUGGAUCCGAGUUCGGAUCCCGGCCCGGAGGGGUUUGGACAGGCGCUCCUGCGUCGGGUCAUGGUGAAGACCAUCGCGAAGAUCAAUGAAUUCAUCCGGGACAUUCCGAAACGGCAUAACGUCCGGGAUGUCGAGACGCGCAGUCUGCUGAAUUUCGCCGUCACGGAUGGACACACUGUAGUCUGCACGCGGUAUAUCAGUAGUAAAACCGAUGAGCCGGCGAGCUUGUACUUUUCUUCGGGGACGAAGUGGAAGGAAGGCAAAGUCAAGGGACACUUCAAGAUGGAGCGGCAUGACAAGGGUGCGGAUAUUGUGUUGGUGGCUAGCGAGCCCAUCACUUUCGAGAGACAUAACUGGGUCUCCGUUCCCGCCAACUCAAUCGUCACAAUCCACAAACAGACUGUCCUUUUGCAUCCAAUCCUGGACGAGUUCUACAGCGAAGACCUGAACCAGGAUCGGUCCUCGUGCUAUGCUGUCUCCAAGGGUCUUGUCAGCACUGCCCCCGGAACGACCGUACAACCGCAGAACGCGAAUGGAUUGGCAAGAGGAACAACCAAGACGGACAUCAAAGUCACUGGGCCCGGGCUCGACCUGGACGAGGUUGAUGGGGGAAUACCCAAGAAUCAGUUGGAGAUUGCAAAUCAGUGUGCACUGUCACAUUAACCGAGUUCCUUUUGCUUCUGCGCGGCGCGGUUGAAGAGCAGGCAGGACUUGCAGUGUUCUAAAUUGGAGUCAAUUGGGUUCUGGGUUUGGCUAUUGGAGCAAGCGUUAUCAGUUCUGAUACUUUUGAUUUGACUUUGCGGAUAUCUUAUGUUUUGAGUAGAACGUUUUAAGGCCUCUUCGAGAUUGUUGAUUUGAUUAUAGAAUUAUGAGUAUUGGAUCUUGAAAUAAUAUCUAUUCGUUAAAA